AAGUGAAAGGAUAUGAGAGACGGGACAUAAAAAAACAAGGGCCAAAUCUCUUAACGAAACGUGAGAACAAGAUAUGGUUUUGGAGGGAUUUGAUAUUAAUGGAUGUGCGUGAUAAGCUAAGAGCCAAGGAAAACGUUUCUCGUCGAACCAAUGAUACAAGAAAGCCCAAAUAUUCACCCCCCCGUUAAGGAAACUUCGAACAGCAGGGAAAGCCCGGAUCGUUCAGAGAAGUUUUUAUUCUUCGAUAAUGAUUCACCAUUAAGUAAUCGUCAUUGUAUUAAGUUUGUUGUUGAUGGUGUUGAAUUUUGUUUUCUGGAUCAAUACAUGUUUUAUUGUAAAGCAGAUCUUUUUAAAGAUGAAGUAAAUAAGAAACGAGCUAUUGGAAUAUCUAGACCAGGUGAUUUACUGGACGACAGGGUAUCUAACUCCACUUCAAAGCAGUGGUACGAACAAAGAAAUGAUAUAUACAAGAAAGGUGUUAAAGCUAAGAUUUCCCAAAAUGAAGAGUUCAAACAAUUACUUAUUAAUUCGUUUCCAAAGACAAUAUUAAAUCUUCAGAAAAGAGAUAGAGAGGAGAUCAUACGUCAUCUACAUCAAUGUAAAGAAGCAUUUUUUAAAUGGCGACAUUGGAGCGAAUUCAUUCUAAUGGAAGUCCGUGAUGAAAUUAUGAAGGGUGACCAGUUUUCAAAUCGUUCUAUAAAGGCUACAAGUAACAACGAGGAGAAUGGCCAUAAAACCACAUCACAUCCUUCUAAACCAACUGGUUCACAGGAUCAUACUGAAACGCCAGAAAAGUCCGAUGAUACUGAUUCAGGUUUCGAAAGUAAUAGAUUUCAAUUGCCCACUGAUACAUAUGACAAAUCUGAGGCUUCCAAAGAAAAUUCGGAUUCCCCAGUACUAGUUUCUGGGUCUGCAAUGGAUUUUUAUAUAACUAAAGGCAAGGAAACGGAAAUCGAAUCGUCAGAAGAUGCUAUGGCGAUAUCCUUAAUAAAGGACAGGAUAAAUGAUGUGCCUGGCGAGAAUACUGAUCAGUUGAACAACCAAGAGCCAGGUAAACAUGACGCAAAUGCUUCCAUAUCCAGUUCUGCUAAAGAUUUGACCAUCAAUGAGAAUGGUGACAGAAAAAGACGAGUGGAUCGCAAGAGUUCUGAGAAUUUGCAAACGUGGAAGGAUAGUAAAAAACGAAAAUCCAAAACCCCAAAGGGUAACAAACAGAACGGCAGUUACAAAAAUGAUAGAACACAUGGACCAACGGUUGAUAAAGAAAGUUGGAACACUGAACCCGAUUCUAAACCCCCAAAAGGUGUUUUAAACAAUAUCAAGGGUACGUUAGAAACACAUGUUGAGAAAAGUCCUCAUAAACCCAAGGAAGAUAAUACAUCCGAUGAAGCAGCUGCUGUUGAACCGGAAUCUAAACCACAAGAAGAAGCUUUGAAGUAUAAAGAUUACAGGAAAUUAUCUCAAAAACUUUCAAAGGAGUAUGAGUUAAUUCGAGCUGACUCUCCACUCAGUAAGGGCUAUAAGUGGGAAUUUGAAGUAGACGGUGUUACAUUUUGCAGUGUUACUCAGUUUGUAGAAUAUAAGAAAACGGAAUUGUUUGAAGAUAACGUUCGGAAGGCAAAAGCAAAAAUAAUGAAGUUGUCAGAGGAAAAUGAUAUACUGAAUUGUGGUAGAGAAGUAGCAAACUUUGAUAAUAUAAAAUGGUUUGGUGAAAACGCCGACAAAUAUAUGACACAAGCAUACCAAGCAAAGUUAACACAACACCCAGAAAUAAAAAGAAAGCUGUAUGACACUUAUCCUAAAACCAUACUGGAGCAGCCAAGUAAACCCUCAAGUAGUGGAGAAUAUGUUUUAAAAACUCUAUUAACAGAUAUCCGGAAUGAUCUAAUGAGGCAGGAAGGUUUUAUUGAUUAAAAGAUCAAUUGCGUGAUCAUGCACGAUUUAUGCACGAACACUUCGUUCUCAUAUCAAUUGAGUGAUUAACAAACUUGUGAAUUGUCCAUCUAUUCUUAUAAUUUUGGAAUAUGAUUUUAUCUUAAAAACUGUUACACCCAAGCUCCCGGGAAUCAAAUACGCCCACACAAUAUUUGCUCAUCCCGCAUAAAUCUUCGUUUUUUUAUCAUCUGUGGAAAAAAUAAUGUCUAGAGGACAGAAUAUGUAAGACAAGAGGAUCAGAUCAUGUUUCUACAAUUAUGACGAUCCCUUGUAGAUUGCAUUAUGAAUUUUCAAGGCUUGUACUCUCUGAUGGUGGUUGCUAUUAACAAACGGAAAAUAAAUAUACAACAUAGAUAUAAAUGAAAGUCUGGUGAGAUUUACACUGGUACGUUUCUAUGAACUAGGAAAUACAACAGGUUUAAAUUGCUUCACAAUCCUGUCCGCUUCCGGAUUUCGCUUUCUGUGCAAUGCAAAUAAUAUGAUAGAAACGAUGGACUCCUAAUAAUGAAUAAGCAAUAAAUGAGCACCACCCCACCCUCCCCCAAAGUAUACCCAUCAGACAGCUGUUAAGAUUAUAAGGUUCGGGCUCGUAUAUUUAGCAAGUUUACAUUUUUAUUGAAAGUGUGAUUACUUUCGAUCAUUUUCAGCUUAUUUUCAUGAUACAAGAAUGACCGCGCAUUCACUUUCAGUGCAAAUGAACCCAUUUGACCUUUGACCCCGAAUAUCUCGGAAACGCCCCAACGGCGGACUGAUUACCACUCGGCAUCGUAUUCUACGCAAAAUUUUACUCUAGAAAAGUUGGGUCUGGUUUUGUGC